GUCGGUGGUGGGACUCUCGGGAGCUCUGGUGAAUCCUGCGUGUCUGCGGCUGGUUGGAGAUGCCCGGCCGGGGCGUGCACCCGGAGGACAGCGCUGUGCCGGUCCCCGCCGGCGGCCGGACCUUACACAAGGAGGAUCUUUGCAACAAGAUUAAAGAACAAAAAGUCGUUGUGGAUGAACUUUCUAACCUGAAGAAGAACAGGAGAGUAUACAGGCAACAGCAGAACAGCAAUAUAUUCUUCCUGGCAGACCGCACAGAGAUGCUCUCUGAAAGCAAGAAUAUAUUGGAUGAAUUGAAAAAAGAAUACCAAGAAAUAGAAAAUUCUGAGAAGAGCAGUAUCAAGAAAUAGUCGACCUGACUUCACAUCAUCAUGUGUGGCAUUUGCUGUUUUGUAAGCUUUUCUGUUGAACACUGUAGAAAAGAUUUGAAAGAAGAUUUACUAUGUAAUCUUAAACGCCGGGGUCCUGACAGCAGUAAACAGUUGUUAAAAUGUGA